AUGCGUUCCCCGUUGUCGAUCAUUGCCGCUCUUGCGGUCCCUCUUUUGAUUCAUGGAGCCCCGGUAACGAAGCGGGUAGCAAACUCUACGGACGUGCUAGUGCUUCAGUUUGCUGGCGUGUUGGAGCAGCUUGAGAGCGAGUUUUAUUCACAAGCGCUAGCCAAGUUUCAAAACGCCGACUUCACGGCUGCUGGUUUCUCGGAUGCACAAGUUCCCAUCCAGCAGUUCGAAGCUAUACAGAGCGACGAAGAUACACAUCUUUCCGUCAUAAACUCAACCUUACAGUCUCUCGGAGCAGAACUUAUUUCGGGGUGUCAGUUCGAUUUCUCUUCUGCACUCACCAAUGUAUCAACUAUGGCAGCAACCGCUCGAGUUGUCGAGAACCUAGGAGUGUCAGCAUACUUAGGAGCCGCUAGCAUGAUUUCCGAUCCUGUGCUCCUCACCGCUGCUGCAUCGAUUAUGUCUGUGGAGGCCCGCCAUCAGACAGUCCUGAAUGUGCUGAGCGAUGCUACGUCCAUCCCGCAAGCGUUUGAUAUUGCUUUGAGCCCCAGCGAGGUUCUGGCUGUUGCUGGUCCAUUCAUCUCUGGUUGUGAUAUUCCCAUUACCGCAAACCCCACUCUGGACAUCACCAAUACAGCGCCUGCAGUGCCUGGCACAGCCCUAUCCUUCGCCUCUACAGCCUUGAACAGUUCAACCGACGGCCUAUUCUGUCAAAUGAUAGUCGGAGGCGCAGCUUUCUCUGUCUCGCUUCCUUAUAACAGCUGCGUCGUCCCUGAAGGCAUCAACGGGCCCGUCGCGCUGUUCAUCACUUCUGGCAACCAGCCCAUUGAUAAUGACAUCCGCGAACAGAACACUAAUACGGUGAUUGCAGGCCCUGCGAUGCUCUUUGUCGACGCGGAGCCCGACCUGCUUGGGCAGCUUGCUGUCUCAGGGUCGGUGUCCGAUAGCAGUACGUCCAGUGGGACGACUUCCAAUAGCGGGACGACUUCUGUCAGCGGGACGACUUCUGUCAGCGGGACGUCACCUACGUCCAGCAUCUCUAGUGUGUCCCCAACCUCUACGAGUACCUCCACUGCUACCACGAGUUCGGUCUCUAGUAGCUCUUCGACUGCAAGCGCUACCCCUACAGCUGUUACUGUGUCUUUGAGCCCUACCGAGACGACAUCCGUCAUGACUGGCACCUUCACCGAGACGAUCUCGCCAUCUCAGGCGAGCGCUAUAAUCUCCCAAGCCAUGUCAAUACAACUGGCGGACAUAUCUGGUACGAGUAGCGCCGCGCCAGCAGCAGCGACGGCAGCAGCAGGGUCCACGGACAUCGUCGCGUUCCCCGGUGGCCCAAACACGUAUGUUGGACCAUCGGCAGAUGGUACCAUUGACGUUCUUGGCUGGUCGACGACUCCGGCUUCCUGA